AUGGCUUCGCAAAGACGAGUUUUAAAUGGGCAGCUGGCAAGAGACCAAACAAGAAAGAGAAAGAUUGCCAAUAAUAGAUAUGGAAACUCGACUGCUUUAAAUAAUGGAUCAUAUGAUUCAGCUAUAUCUUCAUCUCCGGUCUCAUCUAUAUCUCAAUCAUCGGAUACUUCUGGUGUCAGUUCACGAGAAAGUCCCCAGCCUGUUAAGUAUAGCGCUUCACAAAUUAAACAAGAAAAACUAUUCGAAAAUGGGGUUGACAUUGAUGACACAGAUUUGAAUUUACAGUCCACACCUGUUUUAUGUGACGGGGGUAUAUCAACACCGCCUAGAUAUCCUCCGAAAAGACAAAAGUUAAAUGAAUAUACCACCACCUCUGGUCCAACAAGAUCAACAUUCAAUUCUAAUUUUCAAUUACCAAAUGACAUUUUGAAGAACUUGACUCCAGUAAGCAACACAACCGUAUCACGCGAUAAUUCAAUACCCACUUUACGUAAACAGGAAAUCUUGCAGAAUAUUCAAAUCAAGUUACUGGAGAAAUCAAGUAGAAUAUCUCGGAAAUUACUGGACCUUCAUAGAAAACGACAAUUGAACCAAGAAUUAAGGUUGAAAAAAUUGAAUGAUGAAUUACAGCUGGCUAAUAUUAGACGUAAUCAAUACUUGAAUAUGGUUAGACAGCGAGCUGCAAAAUUCUAUCGAGAUGUUGGUGAUACCGAUAACAGGGGUGCUAGAAUCAUCAUUCAGAAAUCACAAAGAACAAAUAUCAUGUCUAUUGGGGGUUCCACUAAUCGGAACCAUCGCUAUAUGCCUAAAUCGUUUGAUAUUAAUUUAUUUGUCCCUUUACAAAAGUUGGUACAAAGAUUUUUAUUUCACAAGUAUGUAAAGUUGAUUGCAAACUCACAAUUCUUGGAUAACUUUCAAAUAUAUUCAUUUAAUCGAGUAUUAAAAUUUUCCAAUAGUGAUAAUGAUUUAAAAACUGGGAUUCAUUUUAUAUUGAAAUAUUUACGAGUGCCUCAUUUGUUGGGAUCGGAAUACAAGUCAUUUUUUUAUUGUUUUAUAAUGAUUGCCGAUUUCAAUUCUUGUAUGAAUCACGAUGGUAAUAAUUUGGGGAAUAGUCUAAGUAUCAAUUAUAAUCAUCCGGGGUUUAAUGUAAACACCGAUACAAAAGAUGAAAAAGAGAUGUUUUUUCAUAAUUGUAUUUGGUUGAUUGUUUUCAAAUUUGGUCAGUACUUGGUGGAUGAAUUUAAGACCAUUAUCCAGAAAAAAUCAUUAACGGAACAGUUUUUGAAAUACUGGCAUGAGUAUAAUUUCAUUUUCAAAAUUUUCAAAUGGAAUCAUUACAAUAGCUUGAAAAGCUUGUUAAUUAGUUCGAUAAAUAUAGUUGAUAAACAAAUUAAGGCCUUAUCUCACUUGAAAAAUGAUAUUCUGGUUGCAGAUUUAGAUAAACAACAAUCGAAAUUGAAGGAUGAAUUGUUAUUGUUGAAUAAUUACCAAUUGGAUGAGCUUGAAAAUUUCAACUCCAGCAAUGAGGUAGAAGCAUUUUACAAUUCAAUGAACAAUUUUGUCAAUGAAAUAUAUAGUCAAACGCAAUCUCCAUCAUCGUUGUCACAACAAUCAUUACGUCGAAGCAGUAGUUCGGCAUAUCUUCAGAACAAGUCUAAUUUUAUCUGCUUUAAUAAUCAUAGGUUUUAUAUUCCAAACAUUAUUCCAAUACUGGGCUGGCGAAGUUAUUGGAUGAAGCGGUUUUUCCAAAUCGAAACGGAACAAAGUAAACGUCACCACAAAUUUCCUGUCAAGUUGAAAAGUGGUCUUUUAUAUAACUCCAAUGAUACGUCUCACGGAAAUAAUAGUAGUAAUAUAAAAGUAUCAGAAAUUUUUCAAACUGACGAUAAACCAAAUACCAUCAAACAGAUAUACAAAAAUUUGGUAAACUAUUAUUUGGAUUAUACAAAUUCGUACUAUGAAAUUAAAGAAAAGGAAAUUAUUGUUCUUGUUGAUUGUGAUGACUUUUAUUUGGAAAGUAUGGAUCAUUUGGCCCGCACGUAUAAUGUGAAUGAUGGAGCCAAUGGAAGUUUGAAUGAUAACAAUAUACUAUUGGAUUUGAUUACGAGGUGUUCUACGGAUAUAGGUACUGAGUUUUACGAGGAUUCCUUAAUAGAAUUGAACAAAUUUAUCUAUCAACUAUAUUAUAAAAAGUGUCGAUUCCUAGAUAAUGAAUUUGAACGGUUUAGAGUGUUUGAAAAUUUAUAUAUAUUACUAAAUCAUUGUCAGAAUUGCCCACAUUUGAAAUUUAAUAUUUAUACAUUUAAUUCAAGUUUGAUUUUCCCCAAAUUCUAUAAACAGGUCAUUCUCAAAAAUCAUACUUUGCAACUAUCUCAAACUAAAUCAAUCAUUUCUUCAAGUUUGAAAACUAGUAUUGAAAAAAUAUUAUUCUCAAAUCAUAGUUUGCCGAGCUACAAUUUCUUUAGUGAUAUAUUUAUUAACGAAAUUGUUUCAGGGUGUGUUAGCAAUCAUGAAUUGAGUCACAUUUACGGAGACACUUUUCGAGAGUUACAUUCCAAGCUUGAUCAUUUGGUGAAUGUCAAUUGUUUUGGAAUAAUGUUUGAAUUUUAUCAUAGUGAGAGAUUUCUUGAAAUUGAUAAAAUCUACCAGAAAUUUGAAAACCGUCAUGACUUAAUUACUAACACCAAAUUUGAAAUUUAUUUUGACAAAAAUUUUGAUAGGAUUAAAAGAGUUAUGAAUGAAAAAGUUAAACUGGUAUUAUGCAAAAUAGAUUUCGAUAAUAGUAAGAUAACUCAACUUUUCAAGUACUAUCAGGCUGAAGUGAUACAAUUGAUUGAUAGUAUUAUCAGUUAUGUGACAUACAUAUAUAAAUUAUACAAUCCAAUUUUAAAUUGGAUUUACUAUGAAUUGGGGAGAGAAGAACAAGAUUAG